AACAAAAAAAAUGGCGAUCAACAAAUUAACCAUAACACUUUUCCUUCUCAUAUCCUUAGCUGUUUUCCACUGCUUGGCCUUCCGGGUGGAGGUCCAAGAGUUCGAACCACCACAACAAGAGGGACAAGAAGGUCACGGUGGGGGCUCCGGCGAGGGAUGGGAUGAAGAGGCAACAAAGAAUCCAUACCACUUUGGGCGGUGGAGUUUCAAGAAUUUCUUUCAAUCACAGGAAGGUUUUGUGAAAAUGUUACCCAAGUUCACUAAACGCUCAUCGACUCUCUUCCGUGGAAUAGAAAACUACCGCUUCUUGUUCCAGGAGAUGCAACCUAACACUUUCCUUGUUCCUCACCAUUUAGAUGCCGAUUACGUGUUUCUAGUCGUACAAGGGAAGGGAGUGAUUGGUUUUGUGACGGAUACGGAAAAUGAAUCCUUUCAAAUAACGAAAGGUGAUGUGGUGAGAGUCCCAUCCAGCGUCACACACUUUUUCGCGAACACCAACGGCACCGUUCCUCUCCGUCUCGCCAAGAUCGCCGUCCCCGCCAACGUUCCUGGACACUUCCAGGUUUUCUUCCCUUCUCAUUCCGGGUUUCACCAAUCCUAUUUCACUGGGUUUAGUAAAGAUGUACUCACGGCCAGUUUCAACGUACCGGAAGAAUUGCUAGGAAGAUUGAUUAGGAGACCACAACAACAAGUGGGACAAGGGAUUAUAAGGAGAGUUUCUCCAGACCAGAUCAAAGAACUUACAGAACACGCUAUUUCUCCUUCAAACAAACACAAAAACAAAAAGGAUAAGCACAAAGACAAGGACAGGAGCACGUUCGGGAGCCCUUUCAAUCUCCUUACACAAGAUGCAAUCUACUCCAACGACUUUGGCCGUUACCACGAGGCACAUCCCAAAAAGUUUAGUCAACUCCAAGACCUUGACAUUGCUGUCGGUUGGGUUAACAUGACACAGGGGUCUUUGUUCCUUCCUCAGUAUAAUUCAGAGACAACCUUUGUAACGUUUGUUGAGAAUGGUUGCGCCCGCUAUGAGAUGGCUAGUCCUUGCACAUUCCAAGGAGAGCAACAACAGCCCUGGUUUGGACCAGGACAAGAAGAAGAAGUAUAAGAAGAAAUGAGUGGACAAGUACACAAGAUUGUAUCACGCGUGUGUAAAGGCGAAGUUUUUAUCCUUCCGGCAGGUCAUCCAUUUGCUAUACUCUCACAGGAUGAAAACUUUGUCGCGGUAGGGUUUGGUAUUCAUGCAUCCAACAGCACAAGAACGUUCCUUGCAGGGCAAGAUAAUAUGCUGAGCAAUAUCAACACGGUGGCGACGAGGCUGAGCUUUGGUCUGGGAAGCAAAAUGGCGGAGAAGUUGUUCACGAGCCAAAACUAUUCCCACUUUGCACCUACGACUCCUCGCCAUCAAUUUCCAGAGAAACCCAAGCCAUCCUUUCAAUCAAUCUUCAACCUAGCCGGUUUUUGAUAAUGCAAA